AAAUGUUAAAGAGAAGAGAGUUCAGGAGGGGCAAUUAUGAUACUUUUAAAUGUUCUUGACUGGGAUAUAAACUGUUAUAAAAUAACUAAUAAAGCAAAAAUGUUACAAUAUUAUUAAUGACUUUAAGAUAAAAAGCAAUACUGAUAAUAAAUCCCUUAUAAACAAAAUGCUAAGUAGCACACUUUAUUAUUUUGCCAUUUGCUAUAAACGUGUGUGACAGAUAUUUUGGGCUACUGAAGGGCGAGUUUUGGAUUGACUUUGGGCUGGAUAUUUUUUGUUAGACCUGGCAACCCUGACAAAAUCCUGUGAAGUUUUCAUUGGUCACUGAUGCGAUGCCAGAAGUAAAAGCUGGGUUCCGUUCCAAUAAGCGUGUAUAUGCCCUAACUAGGACACUCACGUAGUGCGUAUUAAUCCUGGCUUGUACAACAAGCUAUACAUGCGACACAAUUCUGCAGACAAAUAGACACUGCGGACUAUUCUAGCCAUAUUCCACAAUAGAGCAGUCUCUUCUUUAGCUAAGCUACUUGUUUUCUAUUUUGAAAGCCUAGUUAGCUCAAGUCUUCUAGUUAGGGCCCGAGUAAUCAUAUUGGUCUACAGCCUACAGACUUUGAUAGCUGGAAACAAAUGCGGAGCUGUCCGGCAUGACAGUAAAUGGCUUCUUUAACAGAAACUAUUAUUUAAAACGUCCUAAUGAAACACUACGUUGACUGCAGGAUGGGAGAAGAUGGGCUCAUACCGCGGUUAAGUAAUGUUAAUGUGAAGGCUUUGUUGGGAAUCCUGGCAGGAGCUGGAGCCUCGUAUGGGCUUUACAAGCUGUUACGCGGGCGCGGAGGAGAUGCGGAGAUAAACAAAGCGAAGCCCAGAAAAAAUAACAUUACUGCUGUACAGCCGGGGAGCCUGAUGGCCAAAGUGUCUGGAUUUAAUGUCGUUAGCAGGAAAGACGGAGGGAAUCUGACCGCAGAAGUCUCAUCAAGUGAAAUUCUCUCAAAGUCUCCUGGGAGUCUGGAGCCAAGGCACCUCAGCAUGCUCCUUUCUCUUCUCCAGAGCAGCCCAAACCCAGCAGAGAGGCGAGAGGUUCUCAAAACAUUAGGAAACGCUUCUGCCUUUACAGUAAACCAGGACCUUCUCCGAGAAUUUGGAGGCCUUCACAUCAUAGCUGGCUUCCUCUCAGACCCUGUGCCUGAUGUUAGAGUGCAGACUCUGAAUGCCUUGAAUAACCUGAGCAUGAAUAUACGCAAUCAGGAGCAACUGAAGGUGUAUGUUCCGUCAGUGGUGCAGUUGAUUGAGAUGUCCCCUGUGAAUUCGGAUCUUCAGCUGGCAGGACUGAGGCUGCUGACGAAUUUGACUGUCACAGAUGACAAUCAGCAUUUAAUGAAAAACUCCAUUACCCUCCUCUUGUCUCUCCUUGUAGUGAGCAAUGAACUCCUACAGGUCCAGGCUUUGAAGGUUUUAGUGAAUUUGUCAUCCAAUCCAGAUAUGAUGGAUGACAUUGUUCAAACCCAGGCUCCAGCCUCCCUGGUACUUCUCUUUGAUGGCUGUACAAAUACAGAAGUUCUUCUUCGCUUGCUGUUUUUUGCGGGGAACCUACGGGCCUGGAGACCAUCUGCGCAGGUGGCUGAAGCUCUCAGGAGGCAGCAAGACUCUCUGUAUUGUGUGCUGCUGGACAGCUCCUCACAGUUCCACAGCAGGCUCCCUCUUCUUCUCACCCACCCAGAUGAGGAGAUUAAAGCUCAGGUGGCACGGCUUCUCACCUAGCCUCUGAACGCGGCUUCACUUAGCCUUCAACUGCCAAAACCUUAUGAAGUCUCCUGCCUGACCAGUGCUUUGGCACAGUUUGUUUUAUAGUUUUGUUAGGUAUAAAUUAUGGAGACUUGUAUUUUGUUUAAAAAAAAAAGCUGGACAUCAAAUAAUAGGUCUAUUUGUGAAAUUUUGAUGUUUGGGCAGAUUUGUGCUGUAAACUUGCACUGAUGCAGGGAAGUAGCUUUAGCAUUGGUUAGCGAAAGGGUUUUGUUACAUCUGGAAUAUUUUAUUGCAUUAAAAUAGACGGGAACUUCAACUCAUGCAGGCUUCUUACAGAGGGUGGUGUCUGCUUGAAGGUUUUCCUUCUCCUUCUCUGACGUUCAUGUUCUCACUGCCAAACCCUUUUCUAGUCAGGUGAAUGAAUGUCUCCCUGUUGCAGAAGCCCAGUGUUACACAAAGUGCUUUCUUUAACUUAUCUUCAGUGACUAAAGAAAGGACUAGUGUGUGUGGUUGCUAAUGUUUGCCUUGCUUUUGUGAACUUUUGAAGAAUUAAUGGACGAUGAAUGCAUGUUUUUUUUUUUUUUUUACAGUGAAAGUACUGGACAGCUCUCCAGUGCUGUAACAGGUCUGCAUGUUGUGAGAAGUGUUUGGGACAUGCCUUUAAAUCUCAGCUGCUGAUUUUAAUUCUUAAUGCAUAACCAGAGUCUUUAUAAAGCAAAAUGUAUAAUGGAGGGUCCGUUUGGUCCUUUUGUUUUUCUGCAAAUGGAUCCCAAAUAGAAUUGUUCAUAAAUCAAAUGCCAUGAUCAAAUGUGAAAAUUUGUAUGUGUUGCAGUCGUAAGCAUUGCACCUCAUUGAUUAUACUGUUCUGUCACGCUAGGAAAUGACAUUUUGCAGUCUAGUGUAACAUGACGGUACACUUGUUGCCACUGCUAUUGAAGGUUUAUGCUCUCAGACAGAAGUUGCUUGCCUUUAUGAAAAAUAACUGACAUCAAAUUUUGAAAUGCUUGUUGCAUAUAUCUGUUUUAAUUUAUUUGUAUUAAACUGUGAAAUAAAUUUAUUUUGAGUUAUUUUGGAUAAAAAUGUUUUAAUGUC